AAAAGACAAGCUGUAAUUUACGGAACUAUAUUACGUGCAUUUGAUUGAUUGCUUGCUUUUCAUGACAGGGGGUAUCUGACGAGGCCACUUCGGCGUUGAUGGUGAAUACACAGCAAUUCAAGGCAUACAAUAUCAAUUUCAAACAACUCUGGGGAUCCAAAUUCGCUGGACCUCAAGCCGUGGCUGUAUCAAUCAACGCAGAUAAGGUGGGGUUCUAUCAGUCCUACUUUUUUGGCUAUCAAGAUACUCUUUUUGCUGGUGUCCACAGUACGAUUGGUCGCCAGUACUUCAAAGAUUGCUACAUUGUUGGCGCUGUAGAUUAUAUCUUUGGCUCCGGGAGUUCCUAUUUUGACUCGUGCACCAUUGCUUCUAAUGGGCCAGGCCACUUGACGGCACAAAAGCGAAGCAAAAGCAAUGAUUCCAGCGAUGCUAUCAAAUCCGGCUAUAUCUUUAACAAUUGUCGCGUGGUAGCGGAUGCCAACACGAAUGGUGUCAACUUGAAGGCCAAGGUGGAUUUAGGUCGUCCUUGGAGUCCUUAUGCUCGCGUUGUGUAUAUGAACACGUACAUGAGCGAUAUUAUUGCUCCCACUGGAUGGGGAAAUUGGUAUUCCGUCACACUAGGUGACUACAGCAACGUUCAAUAUUAUGAAUACAACAACACCGGACCAGGGUCUUGGAGCCAGAAUGCUGCGGCCCGUGCCUCGGUCAACUAUACGAAACAGCUGACGGCUUCCGAGGCAUCCGCUUAUAGCCUGCAAACAUGGUUUGGGGACGUGUCCUGGAUCUGAUGUACGGACUGCUUUUGAUUUGCAAAAUUUGAUGGAAUGAUUUUUGGUGGGAGCUCAAAAAUUUCUGCAAAAUCUUUUUUUUGGUUGCCGAAGGUCGUCACAGCAUCAUUUUAAUAAUGCCAAAUAUAAUAAAAAAAAAAUUAAGGAUUACGUCUGAGUAGAGAAC